AAUGGCCUGGCGGCGAAUUCCGCGCGCUGCUGGCGCUGUCGCUGGCGCUGGCGCUGGCGGCGUUCAGCCCUAUUUCGCUGGACGGCGCGCGCUGAGCGUCAUGUCUGUGGCAUGUCAGCUAGAUCAGCGAAAAGAGAUGUGGUCUGUACGGUGCGUGCGUGGUUCACGGGUCGACGGUCAGGCGAGAAAGUGGGGCGGAGUCACGAGGCCCCAGCGACGCGCCUUGAGCCUGGAAGCCUUGAGUCUGGACGUGGGUGCGACCCUGACCGGCAUCGUGGAUGGGACAGAAGCGGCGCUCGUUGGACUGCAGGCGCAGACCCAAGCCCCGUGGCCCGUGGCAGUUCUAUUGACUGCUGGCCUUGUCCGCACGGUUGUCGGUGCCCCUGCUGCCUGGUAUCAGGCCCACUGGAGCUCGCGCGUCGAGCUGCAACGCCGGCGGCUGAUGCAGUGGGCUGAUGCCAUUGGCCACCAGGUCAUGCGUCGCAAGGCUUCGGAAAACUUGACAGACGCUGAAGCUGAGAACCUCAUCCAAGAACAGGUCCGUGCACAACAAAAGGUGCUGAUGGACGAAAUUGGCUGGCGCCGUUGGAAAUUGGUGUUGCCUGCCCUGGUCCAAGUGCCCAUCUUCAUCACCGUAUCUCUUGCUUUGCGAAGACUGCAAGACAGUGACUCGCUGCUGUUUCAACAGUAUCAAGCCGAUCUGGCGAGCCAGGGCCCGCUUUGGCACAGUUUACCCUGGACGGCCAGCCUCACGGAGCAUGACAUCCUCUUGCUCCCCCUGGUGCUCGGCAUCACCAACUGGUUCACUCUGGAAUUGAGCACCAUCAAACGACCCGUCAGCCCCGAAAGUCGUGAAGACCGGCUCGGCACGGCUCUUCGCUAUCUCGCCAUAGCCAUGAUUCCCGUGGCAGCCGCCGUCCCGUCGGGCUUGAGCCUGUACUGGGCAUCGUCCUCGGUCCUAACCUUGACGCAAAAUCUAAUGUUGAGGCACCCGUCUGUGCGCCAGCGCGUGGGGCUGCCGGCAGUUCCGUCGGAACUGCCGCGGCCGUUGACUUCAUUGCGGCGCCACGUCUUGACUGGCGCCCAACGCUUCUGGCAGGAAGUGCGGGAGAAAAACUUUGGUAAUGAUGCUGGUUCCAAGUCUGGAAAUCCUUGA